AUGGAUUUACUAGCAAUACCUGGGACUGACAUCAACUUAGUUGACCUAGACACAGUUGUACGCUGUCUGUAUCAUCAGGACAAUCAAAUCUCUCACGAAGAUGCGAACAGCAUCCUUAUGAGUUUUAUAAAACGUGAUGAUGCAUACAAAUGUGUCAAAGAUGUUUUAGGGUCAGAAUUUUCAUCAGGUACUAAGUAUAUUGCCUUAACUGCUUUGUUAGAUGCCGUGAAAUUCAGAUGGUUAAGUCUACCUAAUGAUUUCAAGGAAGAGAUCAAGCAAUAUAUCAACAUAUUCAUCGACAAUUACAUCGAAAACAACGGAGAACAAAGUCACAUCAGUGAGGCAAAUUUAAUUCUUGUAGAGAUCGCUAAAUACGAUUUUCCAGAACGGUGGCCGUCAUUCCUUUCAGAUCUACUUCAGAUGUCUCAUAAAUCUCAAAAUCACUGCAAAAACGUAUUUUCGAUUUUAUCUACACUUGCUGAUGAAGUUGAGGAAUGUUUCGAGAACUCUCUGACAUCAGUGAGAUCACAGGAAAUGAAAGAGGAACUCGAAAAAUACAUAGAUUCAAUAAUUAACUUGAUUCAAGAAACAUUCGAAACAAAUAACACUUCGUUGAUUCAGUCUUCGCUUGCAACACUUGGACGUCUUGUUACUUACUUAAAUCCAGAGGUUUUGUUACAGUCUUCGCUUCUUAACGAACUUCUUACGAAAUAUCUUCUGAAUUCAGAUCUUUGCGUUGCUGUUAUCGGCGUUAUUACAAAUAUCGUAUCCAUGGAAGACAUUCCUGAAGAGCUUUACCCUUUUCUCGGUCAACUUUUCGAUUUAAUCGUUGGAAAACUCAGCAGCUCAAUUGGAAACAGUUUUAUAGAGGCACAAAAAUUAUCAGGUGACGAUGAAUUUGUCGAAUACUUUGUUACAGCCAUUAUAGAGUUCUUACAACAAUAUUAUACAAUUGUCGAAGUCGAAGAGCACGAACAGAAUCUCAAAAUAUUACUUGAUUGGUUAUUAGAUAUUACAGACUCAAAAACAGACAUUUUUGAAGAUUUAUUGGAAUAUUGGGUCCAAAUUUUAAGAAGAAUCUAUAUUAACAUCACACAAAAGAUCAAUCUCGAAGUUACACCCAUAUAUGUUGAACUAUUUCCAUAUCUUCGUCAGAUUUUAAUAAAUAGAAUGCCAUCUCCUCAUCAAAGCACAAGUUUCUGUGAAUCCGAUGGCACAGAACAUCGCAGACUUAUCAGUGGCCAUGGUUUUGGCUCACAAUAUUCAAACGCCAGAGAAAUCUUAGUUUUCAUAACAAAUCUUGACACACAAGCCACUCUUUUAGCCUUUAAAGAGCGCCAUUCAGAGUUUACAAACGGAACUCUCGAUCCAAAUGGCAUUCUCUCCAUGAGUUACGCUUAUGGAGCAGUUGCCGGUGCAAUUGUAUCCGAAAUCGAGGACGAAUUGAAUCCAUCCUUCUUUGAACCAUACUUAAGAAUCAUGACAGAGGACACCGAACACGGGGAACUCUUCAAAGCCGCCGCGAUCGGCUUCAUGUUUAUGUGUACACAAUAUACCGACUUUUUGAAGCGAAACACAGAAUAUUUUGUGAUGACAUUCACAAAAAUAAUUGAAUCGAUGCAGUACGAUAUAAUUGAAAUUCAAGAGUAUGCAGUAGAUACGCUUAAAAAGAUCGGCUGUCGUUGCAAAGACGAAUUUUACACAGCAACAGGCGAUAUGACCCUCAUAACGAGUAUUAUCGAACAAACCGAAAUAAUCAUCCACCCCUUGUUUUCUGACUUUGUUCCCCCUAUGUUUGAAUUUAUCGGUAUCGUUGUUUUAGCAGCUCCCGUUGAAUCUCGCCAUGAAUUGUCUAACCAGAUCAUGGAGUUCCUUGUACAGAAGAUGAACGAAGCCUGGGAGAAGAUUUCUCAGAACGAUUUCGAAUCAUAUGAAGAUUUCUUUGUCAUUAUUGGCUGUAUCGACAAAACAGUUGCAUAUUUACACGAGUUCAUACCAGACUUGAUCAAGCAAUCCGCCCAAUUCUUCAUAAAUUACUAUCAAAGAUUUUCCGAUUUAAUCAAACAGUUUUACGCCGAUCCCCGUGUUGAUUACUGGCGGGAAACCGCAGCAUCUAUGAGAAUCCGGUCCAUUCUACUCUCAUAUCUUUGUUUAUUAUGUCAUGUCAUACGAGAUGACGUUUUUGCCUCGGAAUUUUUGAUUUCCAACGUUUUAAUUUACGUUUUAGACGAAUUCUCAUCAAGUCUAUCUUGUUUCCGUGUUCCCAAAGUGUUUGAGUACUGUUCAAACAUCAUAAAAUACUACGGAAACUUAGUAGCACCUUAUCUUGAUGAAAUCCUGAACAAAUUAUACAGACCAGUUGUUUCUAUUGUUGGCGACGAAUUGAAUGAAAUUCCUGAAUUCAGGGACUCAUUUUUAACAUUUAUGAGGCAUCUAUGUCUUGAUUCACCGCGAUUCAUUGCAAUGAUACCAGAAGAAGAUCAAGACAGCUUCAUCGAGUGUUUGAAAUGGGGCUGCAACCAUCCAAUGUCGAAUACGAAUGAAAUAGCGAUCAGAGCGAUGAAUGAGCUGAUUAAUGGAUUAUCAAGAAUUGGCGGAGAGAUAUUUGAGCAGUUUUGUGAAAGGAAUGCAAUGGAUUUGAUGUUGUUUGCUUUCCAAGUAUUGGCUGAUACUUCCACGAAAUCUUCUUUUAGAUACCAAGUUAUGCUGAUUAAAACAAUUGUGAAUUUGCAGAUAAUUAAACAACAGGCAAUAGAACUUGGUUCUUCUCUUUGCCAGAUGUUUCCUACUGAAACACCUUCUGAAAUAGGAGAUAUAUUGACUGUUCUGUUUAAUGAAAAUACUCCGGAUGAAGAGUUUAGAAAUUGUUUGAAGAAUUUCUUGGUUUCUGUCAGACAGAUUUCGAGUAUGGAUCCGGAUUUGAUCAUUAUUGAGAUGGACGAAAUGAAGAAGAACUUGAAACACCAGUUCGAAGAUGUGCCAGGGUUUAUAGACUUCACAUCUGAGAGCAUGGAAGAAAGUGCUGUUUCACACAUUGCGAAUGAAUUGGCUUCUUUACAUUUUUAA